AUGGGCAUCAGGCGAUGGCAUCUGGGGCGGGCCUGGUCCCAGAUACUGUACGACUACCCGGUGCCGAUAUUCAUCCUGUCGAUAGUGUUGACUGGAGUGCUGCCCCUGAUCAGCCUCUACUUCAACAGGGUCAUUCUGUCGGAGAAUGCGGAAGUGGGCUUCGACACCUCAAACACGGAAUAUUCCGGACAACGCCAAGCCUGGAAAAAGCUCUCCUUCGUCCUCCAAACGACGAAUAGGGUUACGCUGGGCUCAAAUACAACAUCUGUACAAAAAAGGGAGACAUUUAACGCCAAGGGUGAGCCGCUGAUAAUGGCGAGCCAUGCGGGGCAAAAUCGAAAGAGGCGAGGCUGGACGGAUAAUUUGAUGUCGGCUUUUACAAAUAUUCCCUGCUACGAGGCGCCGCUGCCGUUGAACCGCAUCGCACACAGACGGACGUCUCUCGGAAGCUUCGAUUUU